GAGGCGGAGGGUAGAAGAAAAAACAGAAGUCAGCUGACUGCUAGCUAGACAGCGAUUUGAAAACAGCACAGACGUCCAACUUUCACUGAGAUACAGCGGAAUUAUUGCUCACACGGGGUUGAAUAUUUCCAGCUCCUUCAGCCAGUGAACUGUAAGAAGAAAACAACACUCCGGCAUGAAGGGCCUGUACUGCCGAGCCGCUGUGAGCGAAGCUGAGGCCAAAUUCAUCAUCCAGGAGACGACUCUUCCUGCGGUGUUAGACAGCCACCAGGUCAGGGUUCAGGUGAAGGCGUGUGGACUGAGCCCACUGGACCUCAAGUUGCUAGAUGACCUGGGGAUCCAAAGAGAUUUAAUUCCUGUUGGCAGAGAGGUGGCUGGGGUCAUCCAGCAAGUGGGAUCCAAAGUCUCUUUCUUCCAGCCUGACGAUGAGGUUGUAGGUAUUUUGCCGCUGGACUCUCCCAGCUCUGGCCUCUGUGACACCAUUGACGUAGAUGAACACCAUCUAGUUCACAAACCAGAGAAGCUGAGCUGGGUGUGUGCGGCAGGAGCAUUACGAGACGGUGUGUGUGCUUACACCGCAUUGCACACGCAUGCACGCAUGGCAGCUGGUCACACACUCCUGGUCCUGGAUGGAGCCAGCUCGUUUGGCCUGAUGUGCAUCCAGCUAGCUUGUUACCACGGAGUGAAGGUCCUUACCACGUCACACACACCGCAACAAACCUCAUUCCUGGAGCAGCUGAGGCCCAGUGUAGGGGUUCAGGAUCCUCUAGUAGUCAGGGUGAUUCCAGUGUAUGACAGCUCCUCAGACCUGCUGUCGGUUGUUUCGGAGGAGACAGGAGGAUUAGGAGUGGAUAUCGUCAUAGACUCCGGAGUUUGUCUGCACGAAGAAGAGCCAGAGGAGAUGAAGCUCCUCCCACACAAACAUGACAUCAUCAGCGUGCUGGGAGUGGGUGGGCACUGGGUCACAUCCCACCAAGACCUGCAGUUGGAUCCUCCGGACAGCAGAUUACUCUACUUGAAGUCGGCCUCUGUCUCUUUCCUCAACGCGGAUAUUUGGACAGCUUCAUCUGCUCAGCAAGGACGAUACCUCCAUAUUCUGAAGGACAUUGUGGAGAAGAUGUCGGCUGGAGUGCUCAGACCACAGCCCGAGGAGGCGGUCCCUCUCUACGAAGGCACGGUUGCCAUGGAAAUGGUCCAGCGUCGUCAGAAGAGAAAGGCUGUUGUUCAGCUCUGACUGCGCUACCCACAUCCCACUGGCAUAUCAGGCAACAGAGCCCACGAUCUACUAAUGUGUUGUGGGAAAAGACUGGAAACCACAUCUAACCACAUGUCUAGUUUUGGUCAUUUUUGUCAUUUUACAUUACGGAUUU